GUACUGCGGCUCGCGCGCUAUCUUGCGAGAGGAGGAGAGGACCAGUCAAGCAGCAGAGGCAAGUGGAAGCUCAACGGACGGACGCGGUUCCAACUAAAAAUACGCACCGGGGAAAAAUAGCACUCUACUGCAAGAACCUGGAAGAGAGAGCGCGCGCAUCCAUUGUAUUGCGCACCGUACACUGCAGAUUGAAGAAGAACAGACGGUGUUUCUGAGGAGUGUUGAGUCUUGAACAGGAGAUUGGAGUGGAUCGGGCCUUCUCUGUUGUGUAUGUGCAUGUGGCCGAGGCGUUCUGAUUGAGGGGAGAGGCGGGACUUAUCUCUGUCUGGGGGAGGACCUUUGCGUCAGACAACCAAUCAUGGAGAGGACGAGGGCGAGAGCAACAGUGUUCCUGAUGCUGUUCCUGGGUAACCUCGGCAACGCUCUGGAGGUCCCGCUAGAUCCUAAAGUUCUGGAAGGAUUGCCGCAGCCACCAACUAUAACCCACCAGUCUCCCAAGGAUUACAUCAUCGACCCUCGGGAGAACAUCGUCAUCCACUGUGAUGCCAAGGGGAAGCCGCAUCCCAGCUUUUCGUGGACCAGGAACGGGACCCACUUUGACAUUGACCAGGACCCCAAGGUCACAAUGCGACCCCACUCUGGCACCCUGGUGGUGGACAUCAGUGGAGAGAAGGUUGAGUCAUAUGAGGGGGUGUACCAGUGUACGGCCAGGAACGAACAUGGGACUGCAGUAUCAAACAAUAUCGUCAUCAGACAGUCCAGGUCCCCCUUGUGGUCGAAGGAAAGAAACGAGCCGAUCAUCGUUCAGGAGGGCGUGUCUCUGGUGCUACAGUGCCGGCCCCCUGCCGGCCUGCCCCCUCCCAUCAUCUUCUGGAUGGACAUCAACUUCCAGAGGCUGCCUCAGAGCAGCCGUGUGUCCCAGGCGUUGAACGGAGACCUGCACUUCUCCAACGUCCUGAAGGAAGACUCGAGGAACGACUACAUCUGUUACGCCCGCUUUCCUCACACACAGACCAUCCAGCAGAAACAACCCAUCACCGUCACAGUGCUCAACCUGGAUGCAAUCAAUGAGACUGUUGCUGCUUUAUACAAUGAAACUGAUUUUCUUAGUGAUGGCUCGGCGGAGGAGAGGAGACCCACCUUCCUGAUUCCGUCUGGCUCCAGCACCUCCAAGAUGGUGCUGAGAGGACAGGUCCUGGAGCUGGAGUGUAUCGCUGAGGGACUACCCACUCCAGAGGUGUCAUGGAGUAAGGUGAGCGGGGAGUUCCCUGCCAAGCGGACCUCCUUCCUGCACUUCCAGAAGACACUGCGUAUCGUCGACGUGUCUGAGGCGGACGCCGGAGAGUACCGCUGCACCGCCCGCAACCGCCUGGCCUCCGUACACCACACCAUCCGCGUCACCGUCAAAGCGGCCCCCUACUGGAUCAGUACCCCCAGAAACCUGGUGCUGGCUCCCAGGGAGAGGGGUAAUAUGAUCUGCAGGGCCAGUGGUACCCCCAAACCCACCAUCACCUGGGCCAUGAACGGAAUCCCCAUAGAAAAUUCACCUAAGGACCCUAGUAGGAAGGUGGAGGGUGACACCAUCAUCUUCGAGGAAGUCCAGACUGGAUCCAGUGCAGUCUACCAGUGCAACGCCUCCAAUGAAUAUGGAUAUCUGCUGUCCAAUGCCUUCGUCAACGUUCUCUCUGAAACUCCCAGAGUCCUGACUCCAGCUAACAAGGUCUACCAGGUGAUCAGGAACAACCGCGCCUUACUGGACUGUUCCUCCUUCGGCUCGCCCAUCCCCAAAAUAACAUGGUUUAAGGACAGCAGGUCCAGCACCCUGGACGGGGACCCCUACGUGCUGCAUGAGAACGGGACUCUGGAGAUACAUGUGGCCCAGGCCGUCAACAGUGGGAAGUACACUUGUGUGGCCAGGAACUCUCUGGGCAUCUCUGAGAACCACGUCUAUCUUGAGGUCAAAGAGCCCACGCGUAUCCUGAAGCAGCCGGAGUAUCAGGUGGUGCAGAGGACCAGGAACGUGGUGUUUGAGUGUAAAGUAAAACACGACCCCUCCCUCAUCCCUACCAUGACCUGGGUCAAAGACGACGGAGAACUACCCGACGACGAGAGGUUUCUGGUGGACUCUGACAGCCUGACCAUAACCGACGUGACAGAGAAUGAUGCAGGAACUUACACCUGCAUCAUGGCCACCACUCUGGACCAGGACUCUGCUAGCGCUGAGCUCAUCGUUGUCGAGGCAGCUCCUACUCCAGCUAUAGUCUACGAACAACCAGACCCUCCUACUGACCUGGAGCUGACAGACCAGAAGCCCAGGAGUGUCCGGCUCACCUGGAUACCCGGAGACGAACACAACAGCCCUAUUCACGUGUUUUUGAUCCAAUACACAGACUCUCUCCACCACCAUGGCCACUGGCACAACCUGACCCUGGUUCCGGGCGCUAAGACCACGGCCCACCUUAAGCUGUCUCCUUAUGUCCACUACGCCUUCCGAGUCCUGGCCCUCAAUGAAGUGGGCCUCUCCAACCCCUCAUUGCCCUCCCGCAUGUACAAGACCAACCCUUCAGCUCCUGAUGAGAACCCCAGUGGAGUUGAUGGCUUUGGAACGGAACACGACAACCUUGUGAUCUCAUGGAAGCCAAUGUCAGGUCACCAGGCCAACGGACCAGGCCUGCAGUACAAGGUGAUGUGGAGACAGAAGGACGUGGACACGGAGUGGACGUCAGUGACCGUGGCUAACGUCUCCAAGUUCAUGGUCUCUGGCACGCCCACCUUCACACCCUACGAGGUCCAGGUUCAAGCCAUCAACGACUACGGGAUUGGACCUGAGCCAGCUGUGGUCACCGGACACUCCGGGGAGGACUUGCCGAUGCAGGCACCAGACAAUGUCCAGGUUCUAGUGUUGAACAGCAGCCUGGCUGAGGUGCACUGGGAGCCUGUCCCACCUAAGACAGUACGGGGACGUCUUAAGGGAUACAAGGUGUACUACUGGCGUGAGCGGAGCCUCCACAAACACAACCCACACCAUGUGGAGCAGCAGGUCCUGACCUUCAGUGGGAACAAGAGUCAUGGCAUGCUCCCAGGCCUGCAGCCCUACAGCCUCUACCUGUUCAACGUCAGGGUCUUCAACGGCAAAGGGGAGGGCCCCGCCAGCUCCAACCAGCAGUUCGAGACCCCUGAGGGAGUCCCUGGGCGGCCAUCUUUCCUGAAGAUCACCAAGCCUAGCCUGGACUCUCUCACUCUGGAGUGGGGCCCUCCCUACGACCGAAACGGACGCCUCACCGGUUACACCCUGAAAUAUCAGACAGUCAAUAUCUCCAACGUGCUGGGUCCGGUGGAGGAGCUGGCCCUGCCAGCCAACGAGACCACCGUCACUCUCAUUAACCUCAAGUACAGCACGCGUUACAAGUUUUAUUUCAAUGCCAAAACAGGCCAGGGAGCAGGGCCUGUCGUUACAGAGGAAGCCGCCACUAUCAUGGAUGAAGGGAACACCCAACCCUCACCUCCCGUAGCACGGUCUCCUCCGACACACCUCCCAUUCCACAAGGUGCAUCCAGCGGCUCCGGCAUUCGGGAACGUUAGCUCUUCCGUGGGCGAGGACGGAACGCUGAUCAGUUGGGAAUACUGGGGAGCGGAGAAAAACGUUUACGUAGAAUAUAUAGUAGAGAACGAUAACAGUGAAGAGGAGUGGCAGAAAGAGUAUGUAAAUGGCUCUCGGGCCUAUGUGCUGAAGGGCUUAAAGGAGGGCCUGUCCUAUAGGGUGCGCGUGGUCGCCAAGGGUCACAACGGCCAAGCGGUGCUCCACCAAUCAGAAGAGCUUUUGGUGAUGAUUCCAGCUAUGGCAGCCCGACAGGUGGACAUUGCUACUCAGGGCUGGUUCAUCGGCCUGAUGUGUGCCAUCGCUCUCCUCAUCCUCGUCCUCCUCAUCAUCUGCUUCAUACAGAGAAACAAGGGAGGAAAAUACCCAGUGAAAGAAAAGGAGGACGCGCACACAGACCCAGAGUUCCAGCCCAUGAAAGAGGAUGACUGUACUUUCGGGGAAUACAGUGACACUGAGGACCAUAAGCCGUUAAAAGGGAGCCGCACGCCGUCUAACGGGACGGUGCACAGGGACAACAGUGACGACAGUUUAGUAGACUACGGCGGCGAUGGGGGUGACGGCCAGUUCAACGAGGACGGGUCUUUUAUCGGACAGUAUAGCGGAAAGAGCUCCGCCAGGGACACUGCUGGGGGUCACGAAAGCUCUGAGGCCCCGUCCCCUGUUAAUACCUCCGCUAUGAACUCCUUUGUGUAGCCAGCUGGUUGAUCAGUAGGUCAGCCUUGGUGGAGGGAUAGGCAGCCAGGCCAGUAGGUGGUGCUGCAGUAAACUGAACUCCUUUGUAGCCAGCUGGUUAAACAGCCAGGCCCGUAGGUUUGUCUAGCCAGACAUUUGGACAUCCAAAGCUGUAGGGGCUCUCCAGUGGCUGUUCCAUUCGCCAUCUUCACAGGGCUGUUCCUCACGUCACCUUGCGGCUUAUUGUCAUCCCAUGCCCCCCCCCCCCCCCCCCAUCCGCACACUGUCACAAACACAUAGGAGACUUCUUAAGAGACACAUAACAGACACGUGUGAGAUUCUCUGCACUAACGCAAUGCUGCAGGACACUACUGGAGGAUUGUACGUUAUCAUUUGGGAAUCACUGAAUUUGUGGAGGGAUUGUGGAGACUAUUCCAACUGUUUUAUUCUCUGUAGCCUAUUGACUUAGUAGCCACACUUAGAACCAGACAUCUUCCUGAAAUGAUGUACAAACAUAUAUUAACACAAAUGAGUAGAUUAUUACAUGGAAGGUAUUGUCUAUCUAUCUUGAACUACUAUGCGGUACACAUUUGAAUUAUUUGGGUUUGCCAUAUUGUUUUUCCGGUCAAAGCAUUAUCUUGAUAUUAUUGUGUGUGUUAGAGGUACUUUUCCCUUCAGGGCAACCGUAAGGAGGCGUCAGUGUCUGUCGCCAUGGUGGUGAAACGUGUCACUAAAUAUAUGAAUAUUAUUCAUUGUCUUUUUGCAAGACGGGGGCUGUUUGUACAGUUUAUACAGUUGCAUUUACAGUGCAGGAUAAUGUCCAGUGAGCUCCUAAAAGUAUUCUUCUGCCUGAAUCUAUAAUUCCGGCUCCAAGCAGGCUCAAUCAAGCAUGAUUCAAGUUACAUCAGUCGCUGCAUCCACGCCCCCACCAGGGGAUGCUGGUGUCACUUUAAAACGGGAGGACAGGCUCAUCGUAAUGGCUCGAAUUAAAUGAACGGAACGGUAUCAAACACCAGGAAGCCACCAGCCUCCACUGGUCCUCACAUGUCACCUUUGUUUUGAUCACUGCAAAUGCCGAAGUGCAGCAUGCUAUCAUGACAUCAUCAUCAUAACCGUUGACCUGCACGUAUUGACAUCAAGCUCUUUUCUUUUGCUUUUCUUUAAAAAUUUUGCGUUUUAUUUUUGUGGUGCUGGGUGGCCUUCAGCAAUACUGUGCCUUUUUAAUACACAACUCUGAUUUCAGUUCAGUCUAGAUUCAUUCACAAAAAUACCGUUUUACCCAGAGUUCAGUGAGUGGAAUGCCCAUGAAGCAAUAGUCAUACUCUGAGGAUGAUGGGUUCAGCUAGGAAGGAUGAAAGGAUGGAGGACUCCAUAAAUUAAGGAAUAAUUCAUACAGUCAUCUUUUGAAAAGCUUCAAAAUGCUUCUCCCUCAGAUAAGCGGCUUAGGGUUGCCAUAUUGGACACGGUCAAUGCUCUGUACAUUUUUUUCAAGGUUCGGGUCAUCUACGAAGUGUUUGGUCAUAUUUUUGCGCGGUGUGUGCGUGCGUGUUGAGGGGAUAAUAUUCAUGCUACUCACUUAUACUAACUACAUUUGAUGGCCUUUGGCGUGAUAAGGAAGGGAUCGGAAGAAGAAAAAAAAAAUCUUAACUUGCAUCAAGUUUUACGUUGUUUUUUUUUUAAUGAACAUUAUUCGUUGCAUUUGUAAAUAUAUACUCUAAUUGACUGUGCAGAAAACCACUGCUAGAGGAGCUUAAAUGGAUAGUUCACCCAAAUGACAACAUUUGAUCAACUAUCCCUUUAAGAGCCCGAGAGGCAGAACUGUGCAUGUGAAGGUUUGACUGGCUGAGAGAGCUGUGUUCAAUAUAGACUACUUCUAUAGAAUAAAUAUAAAAAAAAUUGUUACAAUUUUUUUGUUUUUUUGUUGCUGUGAACAUUGUACAUUAUUGUAACGAACAGGACAAGAAGUUGCUCAUGAGUUCACAUUUGGAUGGUUUCCAUUUGUCAGCUAUAUAGUUGUGUGUUUCUGAAAUGUCCCUAUUUUGUACUAAAUAAAACCAUACAGUACUCUGGAAACCUUCAGAUGUAAUGGACUUUGGAGUGUAAGAUAAGUACCCCUCGAUGUACUGCGUCAUUCUGGUUUAUGUGGGUUAUAUGAGCAGCACAGGGUCCGCCAAACUCUUCCACUUUGUGACAGUAUUGAAAAUGGUUUGGUGUUCUUAUUCUAAAACAGUUUCAAGGUUUUUACUAACAAUAUAUUUGUGUUUAAGUUUCUCCACGUAGUGAAAUAAUGAAUUUCCAAGUAAAUUGAAAUAUAAUGAAUGAAUAAAAUAUUAUUAUCUUUGA